CUGGCGCUGAUGCCAAAUACAAGACAAAGCCUUGUUCCCGGGCGGGUUGCGAUUUACUCUCCUCUUUUUGUCUGCUUUAAAACCACCAAGAUUGGGGAAGAAUACUCCACAAUCAACCUUGGAAAAAUCUUCUGUCUCUCAGCAAUUUCGAUUCCACAGAUUAUUGUCUCCCUUAGGGAUUGUGAAUUUUCUUGCGUGGGGGGAAUUUGAGUAGUAAUGGGGGCUGCAGAUAAGAUCUGGAAUGCGACGGAAGUGGCGGAAAGUCACAGCUCUGAUAUUCCGUCGUCCUCUCUCACCGUUGACCACGCUCUCUCCCUUCCCGAUAUGAAGCCUCGGAUAGUGGAGCUAUUCAAAGAUCUAUUCAAACAAUGGUCAAAGUUGGAUGAGUCAGAUUUUUCCCUUGAAACAGUAUCUGGUGGCAUCACAAAUCUGUUACUCAAGGUGUCCGUGAGGGAGAACGAAGAGAGUGUUGUGAGUAUGACAGUGAGAUUGUUUGGACCAAAUACUGAAUAUGUGAUCAAUCGUGAAAGGGAGCUGCAGGCUAUUCCACACCUCUCAGAUGCGGGAUUUGGUGCAAAGUUGCUGGGAGUUUUCGGGAAUGGCAUGGUGCAAUCGUUUAUUAAUGCUCGCACACUUACUCCAUCUGACAUGCGAAAACCAAAGCUCAUGACAGAAAUUGCUAAACAGCUCCGGAGAUUCCAUGAGGUGGAAAUUCCUGGUUCUAAAGAACCCCAACUAUGGAAUGACAUCUUCAAGUUCUUAGACAAAGCAUCAAGACUCAAGUUUGAUGAUGGUGAGAAGCAGAAGAAGUAUGAGAUGAUUUCAUUUGGAGAAAUUAAUGAAGAACUCACUGACCUCAAGGUAAUUACAGAUCGAUUUAGUGCUCCUGUCGUAUACUGUCACAAUGAUCUGCUUUCUGGGAAUUUGAUGCUUAAUGAUGAUGAAGAUAAGCUCUACUUCAUCGACUUUGAGUAUGGAUCAUACAAUUACAGAGGUUUUGACAUUGGGAAUCACUUCAAUGAAUAUGCGGGCUAUGAUUGUGACUAUAGCUUAUACCCGAGUAAAGAUGAACAGUAUCACUUCUUCAGGCACUAUUUAAGACCUGACAGGCCACAUGAGGUUACUGAUAAAGAACUUGAAGCUCUUUAUGCGGAGACAAAUACUUACAUGCUAGCAUCUCACCUGUACUGGGCGUUGUGGGCUUUAAUCCAGGCAAAAAUGUCUCCUAUUGAUUUUGAUUAUCUGGGUUACUUCUUCCUGCGAUACAAUGAAUACAAGAAACAGAAGGAGGAGUGUCUUUUGUUGGCACAAUCAUAUCUCACAAUACCUCAGGCCGGUUAAAUGUAGCAUGCUGCCUUGGCAGGUAUCUUCGCUACAAAAUCCUGGCUCCUGGUUCCUGUACAAUGUUCCUGCUUUGUAUAUACUGGCAAGUGUUGUCCUGGAGGCAUCAGCUGCACUCUGAUGUAAUUCUUUUAAUCUGAUGAAUAAAGGCGUUUGCUUUGUGGUGUUGUACCAUUUUGUCAGGGAAGUGAAAGUCAGUGCAAGGGGCAGAAAUCAACAUCAUUCCACGAGUGGUGGCAUUCUAGCAAUAGCUGUGAUUUCUGCCAAAAGAUUUUACUUUUAGACUAGAUGAUUCAUUUUUUACUAGAACUUAUCAUUCCAUGAUUGCAUUGAGGACAAAACUGUGCACUUGUAGCAUAGAAAAUAAUUUUCAGAAAUGGCCAAGGAAUAUAUUCAUAGAUACUGUUCUCAUGCAUGACGAAGUGGAGAGCGGCCAAGCUCAUGCUCAAAUAAACUCCAUUCAUUCGAUCUUCUUCA